GGGGAGGGUGGCAGCACCCCAGCAGCAGCAGCAGCAGCAGCAGGCUGACGUGAGACCUUCGCGUGUGGAUCGCGGCCGUCAGAAGCGUGCGGUACCGCGGGGCUGAGCGCUGCGUGCCGGGAGCACCAGAGCGGUGCGGAGCGGAGCUGUUAAGCUGUUCAGUGUUGUGACUGCUGCGCGCUGCGGGGUUAUCCCGCGUCUCCCUUCCUACCCGAGCGUCGCAGCUGCUGCCUGCGCGUCAAUCGCAGCGUUCCAAUCCGAAGUACUUUCUCCUCCUUUGAAGCGCUCGGAAGAAUUCAAAUUACACAUCUUACCAGAUCUCACUUACAAUAUCUCUUUAGACAGAUAACUUUGUAAAUACUCCUUUAACCUCACUGCGUGAAAACACAUCAGCCUACGCUAAGGCCGACGACGGAGCUUCCCCCCCUCACCCCCGGCCCCCACGCCAAGCCGAGGCGGCGGGCCGCAGCCAGUCCCUGCCCUACUCGGUGGCUGCCCGGAGCCGCGCACAGCCCCACGUGACCGCCCCGCGGCACAGACGCGCCGCAAUUAGCAUUCACGCCGAGCGCGGGCAGUCUGCGGGGGGGCCGCCGGUGGGGAGGAAGGGGUUAACGCGGGCAGCCGGCUGGCUACUUCUUCUUCUUUUCCUUUUUUUUUUUUUUUUUUUGUCUUCUUAAUUAAUCACCCGCCGCUCCGCGAUUUAAAUAUGGAAAUGGAGAGCGGCUCGCAAUUAUUCAUGAGCCUGCCGGCGGCCCCGCGGCGCUCCCGACCCCGCCGUGCUCGCCCAGUGAAGGGAGCGGGGCCCGGCGCUACCUGCCGCCCGCCUGCGGCGGCCGGACCGCCCCUUCGCCGACCUGGGGGCACAAACGAAACAAACGAGAGGCCUGGCGGCGGGCUUCGCCCUGGGCUGGCACGGCUCCGCGGCGGGCGGCCUGUGAGCGCGCAACAUGGCCGCCGCGGGGCGCGCUGCCGGCACCAGGUGACGCUGGGGCUGCGCCGGGGCCUGCCGCCCGCCCGCCCGUCCUCUCCGUGUUUAUUUGUACGUUGAGCCCCUUUUUUUUUUUUUUCCUGGCACUUUUUCUCCCGGUCUCCGGCCUGUCCGUUUAAACGCAGCGAGCGGUUAGGUGAAAGCGAAAUAAAACCCCAGCGCUCUGCAGCUAAUCCUGUCAGCGCGGAGCUGUUAGAGCCGCAGGGCGGGAGGAGCGGCGGGGACCGGGCGCGGGCUGACAGUCAGGUGCACCUCGCCAGCGGCGUGUGCGCGCCGCUCCGCUCUUCCAGCAGCCCCGGCGCCGUUAAAUAAGGGAAUAAAAACGCUUUGAAGGCAAAAGCCGCGCCGUAAUGGCAGCUACAGCUUUCGCAGGGGGCAUGCGUUGUACCAGAACGAGCCGUCGCUGCGGCGACGGAGGAUGUGCCGCCUCGUUCUGCGGGACUGCAGCAUUUAGAGAUGGGCCCGAUUCCUUCUUGCCGAGUGAACGGCAAAGCUGCUCCGCGCGUGCUGGGAGUUGCCGUAACCGUGUGGCUUUGGGAGCUCGGUGCGGCUGCGGAGCGAAACAAACCGGGGCGAGGACGGGGAUCUGAGCUCCAGCGAGGAAGGAAGGCGGGAAGAUCGGGCUGCGAUAAACAACGCUGAAAAAUGGCAGGAGAACAAUGUUUACUUUUGAAUAUAUGGCCCGCUGCCAGCCUGGCGCUGGUUUUUAGGGCUUUUGGCUGAAGUGUGCGAGACGUAACUGCGUGUGGAAAGUCAUCUCUUGCACUUGACCGGCUGCUUGUGUACGUAUCGGAGCAAAAUUGCCUAAUGAAUAACAUGGAGACCGGAGAAGAAACCGGGCUGCCAACAUGGCCUCGUGAACUAUUGCCUGGCUUAGAACGCAUUUCAUGGUCAGUGGAAAAAAAUGAGGAAGAGGAGGGUGUGGCUGCUGCUUAGAGAAGCUGGCUGUGCAUGCAGGGACUGGCUUUAGGGUUGUGAUCCUUCAACCCCACAGAAGGAAGACUUCUCCUAGAUCCUUAUAAAACAUAUUGAAAUUCACGGGUUCCUGCUAUGAAGAAGCUUGCAAACAAGGAAAGUCACUUCUCAGGUGUCCUGAGGAGGAACCUUUCGCAUCCUGCAUGUUGCUUGAGGAUGCAUGGCAAGCAGAAGACAGAGGAAGGGGCAUGCUGUCUGGGUAUAAUGAGACCCCCAGAUUGCUUCAUCUGGAAUGAGACACUUCAAGUGUUAAUUCCUGUUGCUAGACACUAGAAAGCUACAUGUAUUAUUAUGGAUCCAAAAUAUGUUAAUUUGCACAAAUUAUCUAAGAACUGGAAGACACCCUUCCUCCUAUCUCAAAUAGUUAAUCUAGAUAACUCCUGUACCCUGCUGGUUUAGGACCUUGUUUUGGAGCCUGGCACUCCUGGGCCUCCUUAGAAAGUCUGCUGACAUGGGUAAUCUAGUGCUCGCUUUCAACUGCAUCUAGCCCAUGAGGAGUCUGUCUGUGGUACUAAGCUCCCUGCUCCAAAGACUUUGGUCAGCGUGGCACCCCUGCCUGGCCUUAAUCAUAUUCUCUUCUGGAGCCCCUAGCAAUGCUUAGCUUCUUCAGAAGUGCACCUGCCUGAUGGUAGAGGGGAAGAUAUUUUAGUGUAAGCCACUCAAUUCACAUGCUCUUUUCCUCCCAUCCUGGCUGAGUAACUGGUGUUAACACUUAGAUCCUGGUAAGCAGUAUCACCACAGAUAAGGAAGCCUACACAUGAAGCCUUGCUUCUGUUGAUAAAUCUCAUAUUAAUAAUAUUGUCCCAGGAUACUGUAAACGAGUUGCUAACAGAAAGCUUAACAGCAAAAGUAAGUGCUUAUUUAACCUGAUUAAGCCCAGAUAGUGGCAUGCAUCAUUUCUAAUAGGCAGCAUAUUUUUCCUUUAUUUUCCUCUGUUUCUUUUUUACCAGUGAAAAAUCCUGGAGCUGGCCAUUAUGUUCUCCAGCAUCAGGUAUUUUUCCUGCAUAUUUGUAUACUGUGAAAUAUUUUAAGAUUUACAUUUAUGAUAUCUACAAAAUAUUACAGUUUUUAAACUGUUUUAAGACCCAAACAAUAUUAUAAAUCAGCUUAGAACUUUCCCAGAAAUGUUGAAAACAAAGCAUUCUGAGGUGGUAGUUUUCACUUGAAAUGUUUUGAUAACUUCAAAACAGUUCAAUAACUGUGCAGCAAUUAGCCUGGUUUUGGGAGGAAGACUACAUGGAUUUUGUAUGUAUUUUUGCUCAGGAAAUAAUAUGCCAUUGAGCCUUGGCGGCUGAAGGUGUCUCUAUGUUUGAAGAAGUGGAAGAAAAAAAAAGAAAAAGUGGAAUGAUUUAGUGACUGAAGAGAGUUGCCACUUGCAUGAGCUCCAUCCCUGGGGAUAUGACCUUUUUAAUCCUCUUUAGUUAAUGUAUUGGUGAUCUUUACUUAGGCAGAGUAAACAGUGCUGUUGUGAACAAAGGGGAGGUCAUGCUUCCUGCAUUACACUCUGACCCCGGGGUCACGGCCUUUGUUCCCCGCUCAAUGGGAAUUGCUCUCCAAGGGCCACCACAAAAUGGAGAACUAAUUUCGGCGCGUGCUGGCGGAGAAUGGCAGCAUACCGGAGGAGUGAAGGCCUCAGCUCCCUGCUUGCUGGUGGCCGCCGCGCCCGGACCUCACUGAGGAGAGCGCGCAGCUUGGGCUUGCCACCACAGGGAACUAGAUCGUGCUGCGUGCUGUCUUUACUCGUUUUUCUUUUUUUUUUUCCUUUUUUUUUUUUUUUUUAAUUCCCCCCCAGCUCUUACUAGACUUUUUCAAGGGAAGAAGCAAUAUGUGAGAGAAAAUGGCGGGAUUUCUCUCUUCUAAAAGAAAAAUGCCGUGGCAAUCGCAGCAUUGAACUUGGGCCUCCAAGGUCAUAGCUGCGUCUCAGAGUAUUACAGUUGACAAGCGCUGAAAUUCAGCUUGUAAGGAAACGUGAUGCUGUGUCCCAUCAGAUUGUGUUCGUCACCUUUUUCACCGCAUUCUACCAGCACUGCAUGACAUAAAUAUACACAUACAGAAAAUGUGAAGCCAGAUAUGAUAAUUGAGGGGUACAAAGCCAGACUGAGCUGGGAAUUUCUCAUUUAUAAUUAAUUCUAUGUUAAAAAGAAACAAACUGGUUUGUUGGGUGGGGUUUUUGUUUGGCUUUAGAAAUAACUGGUGGCACAAUGUGAUGCAUCUCGUUUUUAUUUGUUGUGACCACUGAACAUUCAUAAACGUUAUAUCUGAGAUAAAUUAUUUGGAAAAUUCACAAUAGAAAACCAUCACAUUUCACUGAAAGAUGUUUAUUAUUUUUCAUUUCUACAUGCUUUUCUUUGCUCAGCACUAAAAUCUAUGAAAUGAUAGAUCAUAAAGCAAUUACUUGAACUGCAAACAUAUCUUCAGUCAAAAUACUUCUUUUCCACCACCCUUCCUUCUAUCCAAUGAAAAAAAAAAAGAAAAAAAGCUCAUAAUUGCUGAUGACAGGCAAGCAGUGUAAAACCCAGCAGGGUAAGCAGUGAGCACAGGUGGCCUGUAUGUGAACAGGGAAACUCACAACAGUGCCAUCACAGAAAUAAGUAAUACUAUGGUACUAAGCUUUGGGGCUCCAUAAGACUGUGAACAUAAAUGGAUGUAAACACAGCAUCAAGGUAAAAAUGUGCAUUACAGUAGGUGUCAGCUCUUGGGCAUUUCAGGGCAUACUGAUUUUUAUUUUUCCCACUUUUUAUGCCACAAUAAAUCCCCGAAGGACUACCAUUUUGGUGUAACAGAUUUCAGAGUGGGUUUUCCUUAUGGCUUAGGGAACAGCACUGCUAAUACCGUUUGCUGCAGUGUCCACAUGCAUGUUUCUUACAGCUCCUUUUAGGCUGCUUCAGAUUACACGCUGAAAUAUGGUUUUACUCAAUACAGGGUACUGUAAUUGUCUUUUCUGUGAGACAGCAGUCUUUUCUGUUUCUGUCUCUCUUUCUCUUCAUUUUAAUUUGUUUACUUGGCAUUCCAGACAUUUCAAUUAAAAAGUUAACAUCUUUCUCUUAUUUUAUUUGCUGUUUAAACAAACAUUUCCAGUUGUCUACUUGUAGAUUUAAAAAUGUAUUCUGUAAUAUAGCAAAAUAAUUAUUUAUUAUUAAAAUAUUAAUAAAAUAACAUUUUAAAAAGUGGCCAAGCAACUCCAAUGUCAUUCCAUUUUAAUGAAAGCUUGCAUUUAAAGCUGAGCCAAGCAAGAAGGGCACAAAGUUAGUAUGUCAGUAGCAAGGGACACUGAAUACAGCAAUACUGAAAUAGACACUCCUGUUUCCUUUAUUCGUUACUUGAAAUUCGCCAAGACUACUUGCUUUACAUUUUAAUAGAAGACAGAGGGGAAAGCUAUGCUUACUAUAUCUACUAUCCAAUAAAGAUGAUAAUGUCAGGUUAGCAUGUGUAUAUUAUUCACUUAUGUUCAUUAGCUAAAACUAGUACAUAUAGUAAUGAAAAUACGAGGUCCAUCCACUUCACCAUGUGUUCUUCAGUACUGGUGUUGCUUUUUUGUUACCUGCAGGAUUAAAACACUAAACAAAGUGUCAAGGCAAUGUCUGUUGCAUUUAUUUUUCUUGUGGGGUUGAUUUUUGUGUUUUUGUUUUCAUUUGCUUUAAAGCACUGAUGGGGUUGUGCUUGCUCUGGGGCUGAAGAGUUAUAGGACAGUUUUAAAAUGUGGAUAGCUGCUUAGAUGAAAAUGAAAAUGAAGGGAACAUUCCACUAAUUUUCAAAUUUUAAAAUACUUUUUCCUCAGAAAAAUACUGGAACCUUAUAAAAACGCACUAUGUGUCUGUAUGAAAGGAAAGCUAUUUUUUCUCUGUGUUAAAUACUUCAACAUACAAUAAGAUAAUAUGGUAGUAAAAGUGCCACUUCUAAAAGCUUCUUACUGAGUGGAGCCUUUAUGAGAUUUUCUGCUUUGGAUAUAUUUGAGUAUAGGCUCUCAAGGUAUUUGUAGCAAAGACAUUACCCCCACCCAACUUACUGCUUAUUUAAUCAUCUUAUUUAAAACAACAACAACAAAACAGUUUGAAAAGAGCUUUGUCCCAGGCAAAGUUUGCAUGAAAAGAGUAAGCGGGGCAUAGUCUAUUUUACUGUGUCAACGUGAGUCCUCAGCAUUUCUGCUUCUGUGAGUGAUUUUUCCAGUUAGUAUACAUGAUAAACCCAAACAUUGUUUUAGUCUUUUCAAGACCUUUCUUAUUUCCUAGACAAAGAUGCUACUGAAAUUAGGAAAUCAGAGAAGUGAACUCCUGCAUUACUUUUUCUUAACUUGCUUUAUCAGAAUUGUUUCCAAAUGUGACCCCUGAAGUGAAGACGAAGUAAGAACCAUUCACACUGAAAAGCAUUUCCCCCCAGUUAAGCAACCAUUACACACAUGCCUGUUCUGCCUUGAAUAUUAAGCUGUUUCUAUUACAAGCAGAUUUUUCUGAUCCUUUGGACAAUGGUUUGCUCUAUUUCUAAGGGGAGAAGAAAUAAAAAGUUAUAAAGCUAUCCUGUAGAGCAUGGUUUUGGUCAGGCUUCACAUGUAAUUCCUGAAUCUAUUCUUUUUUUUUUUUUUUAAUUAUUGAUUUAGCUUUUUUCUAAAUACCAGACUGACAGAUGAAUGGUUUAGGGCCAUUGUAACUCGACAACAGCCAUUUGAAGUAAAUGCUUAUUUGCCCAUGUUGACUUCAGGUAAAGUCUCUUCUUCUGCCUCUUUCCUUUGAGUACUUAGAUUAAACAAAACAAAACAAAACAAAACAACACACUGAAGUUUCAAAGUGCUGCAUGGCUACAGAUAGCUGUGUAUUGUACAGUUACAUAUAUGGGUUUCAAUACAAGAAAAUACAAGACAAACCUCAGUUGCACCUGUAAAAGUAAAAAUGGUACUUUUCUGUGGCACUGCAUUGUUACCUUUUUCUGCAGCAUGAGAAUAUCAUUCUUAUGCUUUCCGCAGGUGUUAUCCACUUUGGACACAGAAAUGUGUGACAGCCUCAAAAUGGCGUUCUCUGCUAGGGAAACGCAAAGACAAAAGCUAGAAUCACACAGUAGUUCCAGCACAAAAUGAUCUUUUCCAGUGGAUUACAUUUCUCAGCCUGAUUAAGGUUUUGGCCACUUGCUGGCCAGUAAAAGGUGAAUGCUCAUUCUGUAAAUCCGAUAUUCCUAUAAAAAUCUUCCUCUGUACGUAUGGCAUAGCCAUUUGCUAUCCGAGCAUGUGUGCAAGUACUGUAUUAAAGCAAAAUUGUGUUUUACGAAUCCCCACAAUGAAUCUCAAGUAUCUGUUUGCUUUCCCUUCUGUGCUGAAAACUCCUAGUGCUGCCAACUGAGUGCUGGAACAGAAUUUUGGUUUGUGUGUGCUGUGCUUUAUUAGAUGAAAUACCCGAUCUUUAUGGCCGUUUCCCUAAUUGUUGCAGGUCUAUUAAGGGAAUGAGGUCUUAAAUUCAGGUAGUUACAGAGCAGUUAGUUAGUUGUACUUGUUUUCUGAAUGUAGUGAUGAGUCGUUACGAUAAUGCUGAAGGGAUAAAAUUGCUGUUGAUGCAGUACCAAAUAUUUCGUAUAGUUAGAUACUUUAUAGCGUUCUCUAAAUGCCAUGUUUAUUUGUAUAACUAGAACAAAAAUGUCCUAAACAGUAUCUUCCAAGAUUUUCCUGUUAUUCAAAUGUAACCCUUUAUUAGUAAUCUUCUGGCUGAGUUAUUAACGUGAUUUAUAUUAUGCAAUUUUAUGUAAACCAAAUAUUAAUGUACAGUCUUGCUCUCACAGUAUUCACACUCACUGGAGUGUACAUACACAUGCAUUGAUAUGUAUGGUCUGCCAUGUUACACACAGCACACGUGUGUGCACACACACGCCGAGGAGCUGAAGUAUAUGUCAAUAAUAUAAUUGUUGGGGGAAGAGAAGAUUGUUUCUGUUUCUUAUUGCUGAAUGAUGGAAGGCUUUCCAAUUUGAGUGUCUGGCUUAAAAAGUUUUGAAAAGCAGAUGUAUUUCUAAUUGAGUCAGGCAGAGUCUCGCUGUCUUGUUGCCAGGAGACAAAAGGUGUCACGGUCUAUUUUUUUCCCCCCUUCAUGAUUUUCUUAUUAAGUUACUCGCUGCACUAGAAAAAACAUUAUACAGUUCUCUUGAAUUUUUUUUUAGUGAACCAAGAAAAACUCAUUGUGUGGCAUUUGCACGCAAUGUAGUGUUGAUGAUAUGCUCUGAGAAUCAAGAGUUGACCUUGUAAGAUUUCAUUGCUUUUAUCAUCCAUCUAAAUCUCUAGUAAAAUGCCCUGACAAAACAUGGUUAAGUUUGGGAGUUGAAACUUCCAUGGAUUCAUCACCGAUAUCCCCUGGGAACUUUCAGUAUUCAGAAAAGGAAGGUGUUUUUAAACACCUUAAAAAGCAGUUCAGUAAGAAUAUCUGGAAGUGGUUUUUCAUUACUUUUACAUUUUUUUUUUGGAGAUGCUAGCAUUAUCAUUCACAUUGUACUUCUUGUGUAGGUAGCAUAGAAAAACCACAGGGAAUAUUUUGCUUUCAGGAAUGUUUUAGCUUUGCAGUGCUGCAAUAAGCUUUGUUAAAAUAAUGAGUAUUAAAUUGUGGCAGACAUUUAGCCAGUAUGGGUGCUGAUUAAUCUUUCAAAAAGUAAAAAAAGUGAGAAAUUACACAGAAAGAUUUUUUGCUUUCAGUACCCAGAUGACACACGCUUUUUAAAAAAUACUUUGCAUUAUAUCCAAGGCCAAGGUAAUAUAAUGUAAAGGUCCCUUCUUUCCGGACAAUCAUAAAUGGUUCAAUUCAGAGGUGCCUUUCUGCACCGAGGCCUUGCAGCUCCAACUGCCUGUGAGCUCCACAGCCAAAACUGCACUGCUGCAGCUGCUGUUGGUGGAGUUCGCUUGGGCUUCCCCAGUGCGUGCUUCAUCAUUCAGUGCAUUGUCCACAGGGUGUCUCUGAGAGAGGGAUAGCAGUCCAUUCACAUUUUCUAAAAUCCUUGAUGUGUAUUCAGUCAUUUUUGUCAAAUAUGAAAUGUGUGUGUGUGAGUGUGUAUAUACAUACAUAUAUAUAUAUAUAAGCAGAAUGCUUAACUGUAUCUGUGUAUGGGAAUAAAAAUUUCUAGACAAAGGAAAUACAGAAUCAGAUGUAUGUGUGACAUUUUGUUUACUAAAGCUGAAAAACAGCAGAAUACCGUUAAAGCCGAAUAUGUAAAUUUAGACAUCCUUUCAAAAUGUAGGAAGCCUGGUAAUGAAUACAAGUGUGACAACUUUGGUAAGUAUAACAUGACGUGGGGGAGAAAUGAUUCCCAGGAAGACAGCUCACGGAAUACAAGUUUUAUAAAGUACUGAAUUGAAUGUGGUGUUAUUUUUUCUCAACUGCAAUCUAUACUUGCAAUUAAUAUAAAGAAUAUAAAGCCUGUAUUAUCUGUACAGAUAAAUGCAUUAAUAGAGUUAUUUAUACCAUUGUUAUUCUUUUUUAUGAUAAUAAUUAUGAGUCAAUAUUGUUCACGUUAAGAGGGUUUUUUUUUUCAAGAAGAGGGAUUUAAAUGCCAAUACACUCUGUUACGCUCUGAUACUCAGCCAGCCAAGCUAGACAGAUGAAUCUAAGAUGCACAUGAUUUGUUAUAUAUUUUAUUUUUAAAAGGUUAAAGAGAAAUAUUUAAUUGAACUGUAAAACUGAAGUUGGCUAUGUAAAAUAGGUAAGACUAACAUUCAGCUCAUAGAUGGCUAUGAAUUCACUAUCUGCAACCAAUUUGGGUUAAAUCUCUUCAUGUAUACUAAAUAAUUGCAACUGUGCUACGAAUGUGUCAUCGCAAUGGACAACCCUUUCUAUUUUCUUCCAGUUGUGUGUGAAUUUGUCACCUUACUAACAUUUCACUGCAAAAAAAAAAAAAAAAAAAUAGACACAAAGCAAUUUCUGUGGUACGUUCUCCUUUUUCUUCCCACUACAAUUUACUUUGUAGCACUCCAUUGUAAAACAGAUAAAAAACAGAGCCUCCUCAUACAAAACUUGGGCACCCGACAACUCUUGCCUAGCUGAAAAGCCUACGAGUAAUUUGCAAUAUGGAGGUAUUUUAAUGCCCUGUUUUGUGGACCGAAGAAAUGACAGGUUUUCAUGGCAGAUUUCAGUAUGUCUAUCUGCUUAUUUUUUGCAGCUUACUAUUCUCUAAAAAUUAACAUUUUUAUAAUUUUUUUACAAGGUGAUAUUUACUUUCUUUUUUACAUAUACUUGUAUUUUAAUUCUCUCACUCCCCCCCCCUUUCUCCCCUAGUAGCUAUUUCUUCAGGGCAUGCAAUUUUAAGCAGACCUGCCCAUUUGAAUAAACAGGGGUGUGUUUUAAAAUCCAAUAGCUUGUUGUAACUCUGCGUUCCUAGUGAAAUCAGAAGAAAAGUAGUGCUGGAGCAGAGCACUUGAACUUGGAGAACUGGAGUUGUCAGUCACUGCUGAAGGUACAGGAAUAGUGGAUGGAAACGUGCAUUGCUCUUCUGAAGCUGAAUCCUCAGGCAUUCGUGGCCCGUCUCUGCAGCCCGAUGUGUUUUUUGUGCGUGUGUGUAAGCGCUCUCAAUCAAACAGAAAUCAUGGCAGCUGUUUUUCUUCCAGCACAGCAGUUGAGCUGUCUCGCCCAAAUGCUUAUCAGCUUUUGACUCCGUGCCAAGAUAGUUAUAAGGGCCAAGCAGCCUGCGCUUGGCUGUGCAGCUGGUGGAGGAGCGAGGGCAUGAGAAAACAGAAUCACCCAGCUUUUUUUGUCACACACACCAUCUACUUUUUUUUUUUUUUUCUUUUCCAAUCCCCGUUUUCAGCCCCGUGGGUCCUUCCGAGCAGCUUUUUCGCGGUCCCCGCAGCGCUUUCCUACAGGGCCGCAUCGAGAUGGGAGUCCAGCGCUCCUCGUUCUAAUCCCGGAAGAUAUUUCCAGAGGACCUUCCUUUCCUUUCCCUCCCACUCCCCCCCCCUCCCGCCCCCAAUUAAAAGCUCCAUCAGCCGGCCCCGCUGCCUCUCCUCACGGCUGCUCUGUCCUCCGCGGCCCGCACGGUCCCGGGCCCUCGCUGCGGUGCGCUGUGCGCGGUCGUUCGGCAGUGCCGUGCCGCGCCGCCCUCCCAUCGCCAGCCCAGGCCCUGCGCCGCGCCAACGCGGCCUCCUCCGCCUCUCGGCUCCAGUCGCUGCGAGGGGGAGGCCGGACUCUGGAACGAGGCUGCUGCCGCCGCUCGCAUUCCUGCUGCAAGGGCCUCCCCUUCAGACGGCCUUUGCCAGAGCAGAACUUUUAAAAACGCUGUACAUAGGCGCUGCUGCUUUUUCUCCUCUUCGUCUCUCUCUCUCUCUCUCUUUCUCUCUUUAUUUAACCCUCCUUUCACUGCUGAAGAACGGAUUAAUUUUCCGUCUCUUCUGCGCUUGGCUCGGCCGUACUGUAUAUCGUUGCAUUGAGGUUAAAACUCCCGAGUAUUUUCCCCUCCGCUGAUCCUUUUCUCUCCCUCUCUCUCCUCUCUCUCUUUUUUUCCUCGGUUAAGGGGAAUUGAUUUCUUUGGCCGAGCUAGUUUGUAUGCUGUGAGAACGAGGGCUUUUAUUUGUCACGUCCCCCCCCCCGCCCCCCCUCCCAGUACCGGCACACCGCGCAGCUCACGGAACGGCCGCUCGCCCUGCCUGCCUCUCUACUACAGCUCCGUUCCCGUGGCUCCUCCCAUUGUUGUCGCUGGGAGCUGGCAGCAGCUGUGGCAGGGGGAGCGUGCGGAGGAGCCGCCAGCCGCCCGCUAGUGUCUCAGCCUGGAUGUAUCCCAGAUUUGUGAAAUGCACAGCAGUAGAAUUUGAGUUUUCAAGUGAAAUAACUCUUCCUUGUCUGAACCGUCCUUCAAAAUGCGGGAUUAGAAGUUUCCUACCACAUCAUCUUCAGGACUCCCAGAAAAUUCUUCUGCAGCUUGUGGCUGCCCGGAAAAGGAUGUUGUAGUAGUCUGGCAAAAUGAACUCAAGAUGCACAAGAAGAACAUACUAGAGACUGAUCUGCAAGGUGUUCAGGUUCACUGAUAAGAUGCAAACCAGAAUCUGCCUGUUGGUUAUCUUUCCAGACAUGUUUCAGAGCUAAUAAGGGAGACUGACGAGUACCAUGACUUCAAACAGAAGCAUUUUGAGAAAUGACCUAGGGGGAGCCAAGUUACAAGAUGAACUCUAACCAAGUUAGAAGAGGAAAUAAGUGAAGAUUGGUCAUGUAUGCAAAGAAAAUGACAAGGUUUUGUCUCCCGUGGAUGCUGGCUUCACCCCAUUUUUCCCAUUGGGAUCUGCCAAACUUCAUUUCUGCCCUUGAGAGCUAGGACGCACAGCCCAGGGUGAGAUGCUGCUGCUGCUCCCACAGCUGUCCGUGUCAAGCCUGGCAGCCAUCUUAGGCUGGACAGAAAGCCCACCAGGGCCAGCACAGCAAAUCAGCUGGUUAGGGGUACCCCCUGGGCUGAGGUAUGAUGGGAUAAUAACAACGGAAAGAGAAAGCUGGUGCUGUGAAUGGCCCUCUGAGAAAAUGUACGGAGAAGCUUCUGUCUGCUUUUUCACUUGCUGUCACUCACCUUACAACUGUUUCAGUGUGCACUAAAAUGAAGUUGAAACAUGCGUGUUUUCUCUUUUGGCAUCCCCAUAGUGAUUAUGCUAUGAGCAGUGGAAGAUCCCAUCGGUUGCUCUGAAAUGUGACCUACCUACUUUGAGGUAUGGACUGAUAUCAUAGUUUUUGUCACUUAUUUGGAUUUUCCCUGAGUGCGAUGUGUUGCAGUCCAUCAGACCAGGUGGUGGGGAGUGAGAGCACCCUCAACCUCUAGUGUUGGUGUGAGGUUACAGUACACUAGUGGCAAUUUUGCUAGUCAUAUUAACCAACGUCUGUGUAGUACAGUAGAGUACAUUUAGUUUAGCCAUUGAUUCAGUUGUGAGGUACUGUCCUUUAGAAGUAGCAUGUUGCUUAAGUAAGCCGUAACACUUUCUGACAGUCACCAAAUUCUUGGUUCAGUCUUAUAGAUUUACCCAUGCAGAACUUGGGAAAGUCAGUAAGAGCAACUGAGCUGUUCCACACUAGGAUAAGAGAGGAAUACCUAGAAGGCAAUGCAGAACAAAUCCCUCUAAUUCAGCAUUUAUUCUCUAAGUCACUGUGAUGCCUUUCUUGAAGUGACAAAACUGGUUUGUUAAGAUGCAGUCGUGUCAGAGCUGGAAGUACAAAAGUGCAUUUAUUAAAAAUGAAUUCUCUAUCCUCUUCCCUCUUGUGUAUCUUGUCACUGACAUGACUCCACACACUGCAAAUCUGUGAAACUUUUAAAACGUGAAACUAGAGCUCAUUAAGCAAAAUGUCAACUGGUGUAUAGCAAACUCUUUCAGAAUGAAGACUGAUAAUAUUUGUCUCCAGAGUUUUUUGUCUUCUAGGUCAUCACCAAGCCAUCCAGCUUUCUGGGAAUAUAGUUUGUGGUUUCUGUGAUCGGAGUCUGACUGUCCUUUGGGGUGAGGUAGUAGGUUGUAUAGUUUUAGGGUUAUGCCCUGCCUGUCAGAUAACUAUACAAUCUACUGUCUUUCCUGAAGUGGCUGUGAUAUCAUCGCUGGAUAUGCCUUCAAAAUGCAAAGCAAAUAUAUUUCAACUGUAACAUUCUCUGGCUCUGUCUUACGUGUUGGUUUUGAUUCUUACGAAAGAAAUGUUCUCAGAGUGUUUCAAUUCCUCUAUCGUUUGGAUUGGAAAGCAAUUUCCUUUUUUUCAUCUUCUCAGAGAAAGCGGGGUGUGAGAGGGCCCAGAGGUACAACCUAUGCUUAUGCUCAACUUUCUCCAUCUGCCAGUGUGCUCUCAAGAGUGGCCAUUUGGAAAAAGGUGAUCCAUUUCUUCAUUGCUUUGUGGCAUUCGUGUUAUACCAAUGGCAAGUGCCACUUCUUCAGCAGUUAUGUAAAUCCACCUAGCGUAAUUUGUUUGAGGAAACUAACAAGUGAUGACUUGGAUAGUAAUACAAAGAGGAUGUCUCAUUUUCUGCCCUGGAACCAGUAAAUGCUUGACCCCUAAGUGAAGAGAUUUUUUUUAAUCAGUUUUUGAAUUGUGACUUAAUAUAUGUUUUAUUACAUAAUGCAAAUUUGGGAAGGAGAGUGCUUUCCACUGCAGUUGUUCUGCCUGUAGAGUCACCCCACCAAUUCUGAUGGACUUCCAGGAAGAAAUCUGAGGAAGGGCUGACAGGACGUAAUGAUGCCCUUUUUGAAAGUAAGAAAUGUGGGCUAGAAAGUGUGUAGGGAAUCUUACUUAUGGUAGGUGAAAUGUUAGUUUGCUUCAGAAGAUCCGCCUGAUGCUCUAACAGGAUGAGGUAGUAGGUUGUGUGGUUUCAGGGUAGUGAUUUUGCCCCAAUCAGGAGAUAACUAUACAACCUACUGCCUUCCCUGAUAGGCAGCGUAACAUCAGUGUCUUAAUUCACAGAAAACCAAGGGCUAAAAUAGACAUCUGUGACCAGCAAAGUAAGUCUACAUUCAAUUCUUGUUACCCUGUCCCUAAUACCUCUAACUUCAGUGUCUGGCAUUAUUUUUAAUAACUGCCUACAAAAUAAUUAUCUCUUUUAAAGUCUCUAUAGGGAAAAAUUUGAAUUAAAAAAAGUUUUGCUAUUCAAAAGUUUGUCUGUUCUUGAUUUGUUUUGUUUCUGGUUCAUUUCAGAGGAAUGAAAUUUUCAGGGAAAUGAUUCCAAAAAUGCUGUGGACUUGCAUUCAAGCUGUUCAUAUUUCCUGGGCAUUUUAGCUCGAAUGCAACAAAUUUUACUAGCAGUGCACUGUUUUUGUUCAGCCCUCUGUCCCUCUCAGGAAUCUUCCUGUCUUUUACAAAUAAUUGUCACGCAAUGCUCUCCAGCAGAUCAAUUUUAUAAUGCAAAUAAAAAGCUGUGGUGAUGAAAAUCAGGGGCCGGAUUGAAAAGACACAGACAUUGAUUUUGUAUCAGCACUUGCUCAUAAGCAGUCUCAUUUCAUGGCGUUUAAACAGUCCUGAAAGUGAAUUUGCUGACUAUCUAAAAGGCACAGAUUGUACCUGGAAAAUCAUGGCCGGGGAAUGUUAGUUGAGUCCAUUAAAGACAUUCUGAAAUACAAACUAUAGUCUUAAUGCAAGGGGAAAAAAAGAAAGAAAAAAAAAAGAGAAAAACCACACCAACUGUGGAAAUCAUUCUUCUACAUGCAAAACAUUUCGGGAAAUGAGAAUGAUGUAAAACUGAAGGUUAACUUAAUUUCAGAGGUUUCAAGCUGGUUACAUAGAGUCAUUUGUGUGUAUUUUAAUUAUACAGCAUCUGAUUACUGUAGAAUGGAAUAUAAAUUUAAGGUUGUCAUAUGUGUAGCUAGGCAAGCCCAGACAUCCAUGGUUAGAGCAAAUAAACUGAUACUACAUUCAGCAGCAGAACUGGGUAUUUCAUUGCUUCUCUUGUCCAAAAAUAUGGCACGUAUCUGGACGCUGAGGGUUUUUGAGGUCAAUGAAUGCUUCAAAACAAGGCCAUUUGUUAAUACCUGUGAUAAACAGUUAGGAAUGUUAUUCGUCUUGUGUUCAUAGAGAUAAAGGCAGCUGGUAGAAGAAGAAAAAUUACUCUGUGUCUGAAAAACUCAGGAGAGUAGGCGAUAAUGUGGCUGGUUUUAAUCUGCUCUUCUCACUGUUUAAAGAGGGUCUCUUAAAAAAAGAUAAAACUGCUGUAAGGAUAGUUGCCAUGCUGGCCAUGUUCAAUGGCUCUCGGACAUGCAUUGCGAAUCCUGAACUCUUUCUUCUGCUGGAAAUGCAGGCUCACAGCUGCAGCAGAAACAUCUUAGAUGACUGUGAGUAGUGAUUGUGCUGUGUGAAGCUUAAAACAUGCUGCUCCUCUCCAAGAUGCAAAACUGGCUGGAAAUUUCUUGCUUAGUUUUACAUUCAGUACAUACGUAGCAAAUGUUCCAUAGCGGUGAAAGGCAUAAGAAGAGGGAAAAUGUUCUCCACAUUCUACCACAGCCUGUUAGAUCUCAUCCCUGAAGUCAUUUUAAAGUCUUCUGGCUCUGUCUGGAUCAGCGUUGUGUUCUUGGUAAUGAGCUGUGAGUUUUCAGAUUCUGGUCAUCCUGGCAAUCCUAUUAAAACAAAGGGCCAAAAAAAAAAAAUCCAUGGUGUUUGCUUCACUAGGUUCUACAUGUGCCUGUACUUAGCAGUGUGUGAGCCUGCAGUUAAUCAGGUCUGUCCCUAGCAGUAGGUGUCAUUACAGCUAAUGGGAACUGCAACAGAAACUUGAAAGCACAGCUCCAUGGUGCCAGAUGUUUUUCAGAAUUGUAUACAGAAAAUGCUUGUAUCAAAACAGAAGUAGUAGCUUCAGCUGGAAUUCUUAUUAAAAGCAAGGGUGUUUUUUUAAACACAAGACAGUAUUAGUUCUUUCUGAGGUCAUGCACUGCUCUGUGGCACUCAUUAGGUGAAAGCAUGCAAUCAUAAGCUACGUAACAUGCGAUUUUAUAACCUAUGUGUGCUUAAGUUUGUUAUUUUGGGUUUUUUUUUAGUGUAACAGCACUAACUGAUGAGCAGAAGCUGAGUAUCUCCUGCUGGAACGAAGCCUGUACACUUGGUUAUAGCAGACCAGGUGAAAAUCAGUGCACGCAGGACUUUCUGUGAGGCCAGGAUUUUCAUAGAAUCAUAGAAUGAAUCAUAGAAUGGCCUGGGUUGAAAAGGGCCACAAUGGCCAUCUGGUUUCAGCCCCUCAGCUAUGUGCAGGGUCACCAGCCACUAGACCAGGCCUCCCAGAGCCACGUCCAGCCUGGCUUGGACUGCAUCCAGGGACGGGUAUCCACAACAUCCUUGGGCAGGUGGUGUUAGUUCUCCUUUUCUGCCUUGGAGAGGAUGCAUUUUUCCUGAGACAAGAUCAGUCACACAGACAAUAAAACCAUCAAUCAAAUUUCUGCCUUGAAGGCUACUGCUCACAGGUUUUAUAUCUCUGCCUCGUGGAUGUGUGGAACAUUACACAUCUUCUAUGAGCCCUUUCAACGUGUGCUGUGUUUUUCAGUUUUACUUUAACAUGCAAAUCUCCCUAUUCUCCUAAAACAAGUGCCCAACACGAAAUUUUUGUCUCAAUUUGAUAAAAGACUGAAAGAGAUGAAAAUGUUUUCAGACCAGCUGGAUAACUCUGGCAAAAGUGUGUGCUGCUAGCUGUAAAAACUUGCACUGCUGCUGUGCAUGGGUGCCACGAGGUGCGCGCUGCGAGGCUGUACCUUUGGGGCUGCCCUGAGAGGGCAAAAGCCUUGAAGACAGAAGUAGUUCCUGAGAUCUUCCCUGAAAGGGUGAAUUACAAAGGAGAUUUAUAUAGGGAGUGGAUCCAGAAAUGCAGUAAGACCAUAGCGGGUAUGCCAGCCGGUGUUACAGAUUCAGCAUGACAUACCGAAUUGCUAUACAGGAGUCAGAGAGAGCUGGUGAAAAAUGCCCGCCUUCCUUAUGCUUGCAGAGCUUCCCCACCUGCUCCUAGGACUAUGCUUCAAACAGGGGACAAGUAUUAAAUGAGAACUAAAUUUCUAGGAGUCAUCUGUGAUAAUACACACCGUUCUGAGAACUGAAGGUCUGAAUGUAUCUUAAUUACCGUGAGUGUGACUGUGCACAGCAGUUACCUUAGAGAUGUCACAGCAAAAAGCUGUUUGGGCUUGGAGAUUUUCUGUAACUAAUGCUAUACAGUUCUCAGAAUAUAAAUACAUGCUAAUUAUGGGAAUAAUGGUAGCAAAGAUUACUAAAGGAAUCGUUUCUGUUGUGGAAUACAUAAGCAAAUCAAAGGUGGGAAAGUGUGGGAGGGACAAAAGCCAAGUAUCACCAGCUCUAUCUGGCAGAGAGGGGCGGUGUUGCACAGCUUCCAGUCAUGGCCAUGAGCUCCUGGUUGCACUCAAACACACUGUCCUUUGCAGUUCUUGAGCCCAUGGGAGGGCCCAGGUCCGUAGCUGUGCUGGCAUGGCUCUGAUGAGAGUGGCUCUAAGUGAUCUGAGGGGGUACCCAGCUAACAGCUUGAAGUAGAAAAACUGAGGGAUAGGAGAUGUGAAGAUACCUACAGGGAUCUAGGGCUCAGUGACUUAGAUGUCCAGAUCAUAGAUGAAAAAUCAGUGCUAGCACUGCUAAAAAGGCAAGACAAAGGCAUCAAAUAAACUAGGCCAAAUGUCCCUCUGAUUGUCAACCAGAUCUGUGUUCCUAAGUUACUUUGGCACUUUUGUUUAACAGUUAUGAUUGCCAGUUGUACUCAGUAUUUGAUCAUAGGAAGGCUUUUGUCUGGUUGUGGAACACUGCUCAAGCACUGUCUCCGGCACAAAUCAAAACCAGAUGAGUCACCAGGUUAAGAGACAACCAAGUUGUAACCACGUUGCCUGAUGUGGCUUAUUUUUGUGUUCCAGCCAGGGCCUGAAGCUCUUACUAGAGAUUUUCCCUGUCCAACUUGCAUAUUCAAACGUAAGCAAUCAUAGUUCCAUCCUUGGGGAGCCCAAGUGAGUUUUCCCAAUGCAUACAAAGGCAUUAGCCUGUUAAAAAGGUCUCUCAAUCAACUGAAAGUGUGCAGCAGUUUGCAUAUUAGUGCGUGUUUUUAAUUAACACUUGGAAGAGAGAAAUACUUGAUGCACUUAAAAGUGACACAAAUAAAAGCACCUUUCAUAUAUUCUCAUUGUAAACAUCUAAAGUGAAAAUAAAGUAAUUUCUGAUCUCAUGGAAGGCAGUUGGUAUUUACAGAUUUAUUUAUAGAUUUAUACAGGUAUUUAUAGAUCAUUCCAAAAGUAAGGCCUCCUAUUUAUUUCCAUGGAUAGAACAAUAGAACUGUUUGAUAAGAGCAAAUUCUCAGCUACAAAACACUAUCUUUCAAUAUAGUCAUAACCAUUAGCUAUGCAUUUUCAUCAGCGAUGAACAAGAGCCUUCAUGUUGUGUUCAUAAAAAUCUCCACCAGUGGAGGUGACCCACUGUUUCACAGCUGCUGUGAAGGUGUUGUAGCUAGGAAAAUGUUGCCCAUGCAAUCCAUCUUUCAUCAGAGCAAACAGAUGGAAUUCAGAAGGUACCAGAUCUGGACUGUGCUGUGAGCAUGGUAGGACAGCCUAGGCACGACUGGCAGUGUGCUGCACAGUCUUCCAACUGGGGUUAUAGUCUUAACAGUGUUGCAAGAUAAAGAUCGUUUUCUCUGGCCUGACUUUGGAAAUUCAGGCCUUCAGCUUAGUCAGCGUCACAGUGUAGGAGGCAGUGUUGAUGGUGUGUCCGUGUUCCAGGAAAUCCAGAAGGAUCACCCGUUUCCUAUCCCAGAUAGUGUACAUCACUUUGCCUGCUGAGGGCUGCAUCUUGACCUUUUUCUUUGAUGGGGGAUUUGCAUGUCACCAAUCCGUAGAAUGCUGUUUUGACUACUGUUAGCACUAUGUCCUGUCACCAGUGAGGAUGCAAUCCAGGCAACUGUCACCUUUGACGGUGUGUUGGUUCAAUGGGUCCUGAAAAACUUGCAUACGGUGUUAUUUCUGUUCCUGUCUGAGUAUUUGUGGGACUCACCUGGCUCAAACUUUGCAGUGUUCCAACAUUGCCACCAUUGUUUCCUACACAUUAAAGUUGAUAUUCAGCUCGAUACACAGUUCCCUGAUCAUAAUCUGCCAAUGGACCUGGAUGAGCUGAUGGAAACGCUCUUCAUUUCGUGGUGUGACAGAUAUGCAUGGCCAUCCAGAAUGUGCCUUUCUUUCAUGUCACUGUCACCACUGCUGAAAUGCACCACCCACCGCCUCAAUGUGCUCAUACUCACCGUUUGGUCUCCAGAAACAUUCACCAAGUGUCAGUGAAUGUCAAUGGGUGCCAUUUUUCUACAUGGAGGAAUACAAUGACACACCUUUGCUUCAGAUGUACUUCCAUGUCAGAUGCCAUUAGGGCUGACUACUCCUCUGCUGUCAUCUGUCACAUGGUAACAAAAUGUAAUGGAAUACUGGCAGGAAGGUUCAACCUCUACUGCCAAACCACCAACAUCCACCACUGAUUUCAUGGUCCAACAUAAUAGAAGGGGAGGCAUUACUGUUGGAACAGCUCUGGUAGCUUUUGUGAAAACUGGCAGCUUAAUCUUUUUUCUGUCACACACCUGGACAGGUUUUUCAACCAUCUCAAUUUUGCUGAUGAAAACAUUUCACUUCUUGUGAGACUGUGGAGAGCAAACCCUGGCUUGCUGCGCCCCAUGGCCUGGAAGCUCCAGGCCCAUCUCAGCCGUCACAGCCUCUUCUGAGCAGGUGACUCCCAAGUGGCCAUUACACGCUUAUCUCUCUGGAUUUAACCUGAACUUGGUACCUUCUACAUCUGCUAAAAAGCUGCCCUAUGAGCUUGACCAAUGGGGUUCCAGCAACCACUACUUGAAAAUCAGUUUGGAAUCCCAUAGGUCCUAUUCUUAUUUAGCCUUGGCUUGCUGUUGCAUCACAGUGACCUCCACUGUGGCUAGAUAUGCGAGACAUAGACUAAUAAUUUCUUUCUCUCCUGAAGUUUCAACAUGUCCAAAACCUUUGGUUAUAUUUUCUUUUUUUUUUUUACCAUUUUACCACAAGUAAAAUACAGUGAUUGAUGGCCCAGAGUUUAGUGAUUUAACUUUUGUUUCUUCAGAAAAUCUCACUGACAUUUUGAAGUUCGAAUGGACAAAUUAGUUUCCACUUCAUUCCCCUUUGCAUUUCAUUAGCUUUCCCAAAACUUAAGAAAUUUUCAGGCCUUCCGUUGUAGCAAAAUGAGAACUUUAAAAUUCAUUAAGCCUUAGAUAUUCAGUAUGCUGUACCAAGUGACAGAAAAGGAAAUAAGAAAAGUGAUCAUUCCCAAGUUUCAUUAAAAUUUGUGCAGAAAGAGAAUAUCCUUCAGAAGUGUUCCAUGCUUGAAAGAAGAUUUUCCAUAUUAAAGCAAAGGAGAAUGUGUUACCCAGUGUAUGGCGCUGUGUCUGUCACUCAAGCUAGUCCAAGUUUCUAAUGAUUGAGCUGUGUGUGUUACUUUGAGUAAGUGAACGCAAAAUAAGGAACAGUUGUUUCUAAUGUGAAGCUAAAACAGCUACAGAAAGUACCCUCAACUGGAAAUCGUGUGUUCCUGUGUUCAGCUCCUUGAACUCUGCCAAAUAUGUGCAGCUGGAAGAAAAGAAGUGGUUUGACUGUCCGCGAGCCAAAACACAUGGUGGUUAGUUUGUGCGGGUGAUGCCAAGUGGAGGUAAGCAUGUUGGAGCACAUGAAGGGAACAGGGCAGGAGCUGGUUUCGGCCUGCUGUUGCACACUGAGCACAGCGCUCCGGCGUCAAGCAGCAGCAGGCCUCAUUCAGCAGCCUCUUUCCACCAAAGUAAGCAAUGGGACGAGGUGCACAUUUUCCCAAUAUUUAAAACGUUCUUUGGUCCUGCUUAGCUGCACACUGUGCUUUCUGUCACAAAAAAAAUAAUAAAAACACUCCGAAUGUGGUGGUCGUUACUGCAAUCCCUAUGCAAUCUAACUUCACUCGCCUCAUGAGGUCUCUCCUCCGAUUGUAGUGAAUUUGUGAGGGAUCAGCAGAGGGAGAGGACCCUCAGAAGGGAGGAGAAGGCUGGCAGUGCUGUGCUGUUACUGAUGUGGGAGAAGCAGCACAGGGAGCUGAGUUUACAGUUUGAUCCCUGUCCCUAAAUACUACUGGAAGUGGGCAGACCCAGAAGCAAAUUGCUCUCCAGCAAAAACCAUUGAGCUGCUGGUGACAAUCCUAAGCAGUGGCCAUCCUGAUAUUGCUUGGUUCUGGGUGGGCCUUGUCCAAGCUUCACAACGCUGAGCACAGCCUCAUAGUACUUGAUGGAAAACACCACUGGUAAGAAAAAUAGAAGGGAACUAUGAGUGAUAAGGAAUGUCCUCUAAUCCCUUUUAGGCUUUUGUUGGAAAUUACAUGGCCGCCUCUUAUGCCUACGACUCUUCCAGGCAUCUACCCAUCCGCAUCCCUCAAACACACCCAUCCUUCUUCCCCUGCCUCCAGCAUGACACCUCUAAUUCACCCCCUUCCCUAAAAUCCAGUUAGCUGUGAUUCUAUUUUAUCUUCUUCGUGAUGAGCCCCAAGCUUUGCAGCAGGAAGGCAGGCUGCAGUAGGUGGGCACGCUCCAGUAACAGGGCUGUCACUGCAGCAGGGCCGAGGGUGGAUGGAGGAUGGAGGAAGAUGGAGACUGCUCUCACCUCAGCCUCCGGUCCUACUUCUCCCAGCCGAAGCUCCACCAUGCUGAUUUACGACUGCUCCUGAAUGCCUUGGAUGGAAUUAUAGCCCCUUGUAUUACAUAGUGCCUUCUCUGUUACUCUUGCUGCACGCCAUAGAUUUACGGUGGCUUUUAAACCAGACAGUGCAUGAAGAAAUACAAUCUUAACAAAACAUAGAAGGGACCAAGGGAGGUCAAAGUGUGGUAGCUGAACACCCUGUGGUGAUCCAGGAUUUCCCUGUAUUUACAGCUCACACCUUUUCCAUCUCAAGUGGAUUUUGGCUGUCUCUGACAGCUCUAACCAAUGGCUGGGGAGGAAUCUGCAGUCAGCUGGGCUGAGAGGCUUUGCCAUUAACAGGUUAACCAUAUCCUGCAUUUUCUGUACUUUUGAUGCUGAAGGAAAAUAAUUUAUGAUAGGCUUUCAUAGAGAAGUGGAGCAAAAGCUGUGCCUGACUUCCUCAAUAUGAUGGUGUGGCAAGAAAACUAAUGCUGAGAGACAUCCAGCAGUCCAAAUGUGCACCUGCUCCUGCUAGCUUCCAGAGCAAAUGCUGUCUCCAGUUCUCUGAUAUAUUGCACUGCAAGCUCUUCCUAAAGCACGGGAAGUCAGACCAGAUCAGGCCUUGGAUGCUCCUUGGAAAUUUCACUGGCCGAUCGUCCACAUCUGAAGUACCUUAUCUUUGGAGAUCUGGACUCUAAUGGGGCAUAAGACAGGAAUCAGAACUGAUGGCCAACAAGAAACUGUUCUACCACAUACAAUGCCUCAAUGUGUUGCCCUAGAAAGCUGAGGCUCAGGUCUUCUCCUGAGGUACAUGGUAUCCUCCAGAAUGGUAUUGAAGGAAUGGAAGAAUAUCAGCAGCUUUUUCUUUAAUGAAGAGCCACUUGCUAUCACCAAUGUGCACAUGAAAUGGAAAGGGAACAGAUUAUGGAAAGCGGCUUCUGUUUCAACCUUGCAAGAUGCUGCGUGAAGUGAAAUGACUGACACAACAAUUCACAGAAGAAAUCACUGAACUUAAACCAGAAUGUGAGUGUCCAGAUGCAUAAAGGAGUUUAAGUGACCGCUCUACUUGACCAAAAUGGUGGACACUGAAAACCAGCUCUAUCCACUUACUCCCCUGGAGGAGGAUGAUAUAGGUAGUCCUUUAUCUGGAGAGUUUCUACAAGAUAUGGAGAACAUUCAAGACAUUUCUCAGUCUCUAGGUGAUGAUAGCUCUGGAGCUUUAAGUUUAACGGAGUUCCAAUCGCUGGGAAAUGGUCCAGGAUCUGAUGGAUCAGUUAUAACAGACACCCUUUCACCAGCAUCCAGUCCUUCAUCCAUUAAUUUUGCCACAGCUCCAGGUAGCAUAGAUGAAUCACCCAGUGGAGCAUUAAACAUUGAAUGUAGAAUUUGUGGGGAUAAAGCCUCAGGCUACCAUUACGGAGUACAUGCUUGUGAAGGUUGUAAGGGUUUUUUUAGGAGAACCAUCCGAUUGAAACUCAUCUAUGAUAAAUGCGAUCGCAAUUGCAAAAUUCAGAAAAAAAAUCGUAAUAAGUGCCAAUACUGUCGUUUUCAGAAGUGCCUUUCAGUUGGAAUGUCACAUAAUGCAAUACGUUUUGGACGAAUGCCAAGGUCUGAGAAGGCCAAGUUGAAAGCAGAAAUUCUAACGGGUGAAAAUUAUGUAGAAGAUUCAGAAAUGGCAGAUCUUAAAUCACUUGCCAAAAGAAUCCAUGAUGCUUACCUGAAAAACUUCAAUAUGAACAAGGUUAAAGCCAGAGUCAUCCUUGCAGGGAAAACUAACAACAAUCCACCGUUUGUUAUACAUGAUAUGGAUACCUUGUGCAUGGCAGAGAAGACGCUGGUGGCAAAAUUGGUUGCCAAUGGAAUUCAGAAUAAGGAAGCCGAAGUUCGAAUCUUCCACUGCUGCCAGUGUACCUCUGUAGAGACUGUCACAGAACUUACCGAAUUUGCCAAAUCUAUCCCUGGCUUCUCCAAUCUUGACUUGAAUGAUCAAGUGACACUGUUGAAAUAUGGAGUUUAUGAAGCCAUCUUUGCCAUGUUAGCAUCUGUAAUGAACAAAGAUGGGAUGCUGGUAGCCUAUGGAAAUGGUUUUAUAACCCGAGAGUUCCUGAAAAGUCUGAGAAAGCCAUUCUGUGAUAUAAUGGAGCCAAAAUUUGAUUUUGCAAUGAAAUUCAAUGCACUGGAACUGGAUGAUAGUGACAUAUCACUUUUUGUCGCUGCCAUCAUUUGCUGUGGAGAUCGUCCUGGUCUUGUAAAUGUAGGACACAUUGAAAAAAUGCAGGAGAGCAUUGUGCAUGUACUGAAACUGCACUUGCAAACCAACCAUCCUGACGAUAUCUUCCUCUUCCCGAAACUUCUCCAAAAAAUGGCUGACCUCCGGCAACUUGUCACAGAGCAUGCUCAACUUGUUCAGAUAAUCAAGAAGACUGAAUCUGAUGCACAUUUACACCCUUUACUGCAGGAAAUCUACAGGGACAUGUAUUAAGGAUUUUUAGUAAUUUUUCCACAAUAUUUAAAGACAACGGCAAUAUUAAUAAUAGAUGGGAGCAAAAUCACUUGCACAGCUAUCAGCUGUUCACUCGGUUCGGAGCGUGAAAAAUGCAGAAGCUAAGUAACUGGAGUGCUACAGGUCUUUUGGUUUGAGUUCUUCUGUCUUCUUUUGAAUGAGUUCUGCAGAAAAAUACUGACCGUAAUGUUCAUGAAGCGCCUUAAAGCAGUUCUUUUAUUUGGAAAUCCGAAGAUCGGUAAAGAAGAUGUAUUUGUAUAAUAAAUCAGAAUGUUAAGAAACAGAAAUGAAAAACAAAAAAGUAUUUCCUCUUGGCUUAGUCAUUUUAGAGUUACAGUAACAAAUUCAGCAAAUUCUCUCCAGUUAUAAGCACCGUCAUAAAGAUGAUGCAUUCUUGGCUAAUGGUAAUGACUGAGAAAUAACUAAUUUCUUUUUGUUAGAGGCAAUCAGUCUAGGUUUAUUGAAUGACUGUAUAUUACUGCAUAAUGCACAUAUAAAAAAACUGAAAGGCCUUUCUUGUGCCAUUGCUUGAAAUCCAUGGAGCACAGUACAGCUUGACAUAGCAUAGCAUUGGUAUACUCUAGGAUUAGCACACUGAAAAACAAUACUUUCAAGAAAUGAAAUAAAAUCCUAAGCAUUAUCUAAAAUACAGCAGGUAGUACCUAUUCAGGUUUUUCUGGAAGAGUAAAAGUGCUAAGUCAUAGAGCAGUUGUUUGGAAAGGAAAUACAAAAAUCUCUCUGAGGAAAAAUGUGUCUAACUAUAUGUAGCUUGGAAAACUUGCAAUAGCUCAAGAUGCAGUUUUGACUUAAGAAUACAACUUUGAAUCAGCCAGAGUUCUGGACAGACAGGAAAAUCUGAUCCUAGUCCAGAAAAAAACAACAACAACAACAACAAAAAGAAGUUCAGCUGUACAGUAUUGUAGUGCAGUGAUAGCUUACUCUGAAGAAAUGAUUACAUAGGAAAGGUACCCUCCUUCUUGUCCUGUGUUUUGGCAGUAUGGAGUUCAUUGAACUUGUUUACUUUUCUUGUGAGUAAACUUCUUCUUUUUUUUUUUCUUCAAUUCUCCGCUCAGAUGUAUUUCUAAUCUUUCAUAGACCUUGCCUACAGAAGUAAAAGCUGAGUUAUUUUACCAAAUUUUCUCCUUCUCAUUAGAACCAUAGUAGAUAAAGUGACAAGAAAAUGGAGCUUGUCAAUUGUCUAAUGUUAUGAAAGAGAGCACAACUGAGACUGAGUUUAUCAUAUACCUGAGGGUUUUACAAUAGUACUUACUCUUGAUGCAAAAUAAGCUACAAGGAAACUGCUUGCCUAUGGCAUUUUGCAGGGUCCCUCAUUGAGACUAAUGCACAAAAUGUGAAAGCAAGUAUUAGUUACAUGCAAGGCACCGUGCUAGUUCUUUUUCUUGACAUUUUUUAAUCUGGUAAUUUCAGUUUGUUACUCCUGUAUUUCACUGUUUCAUAACAAAGGUUUCAGGAGCCAGUCUUAACAUUUCUGCAAUAGAUAGGCUUUCAGUGCCAUGGGAUGACACAUUCUCCUUGUUUUGUUUUAGCUUGUUUGGAAACAUUAGAAUCUUAAACAUUCUCUGAAUGAAUUAAGAUGGAUGAAGUGAGAACAUCAUGUAUCGAUGCUUACUUAGUUAUGUUUGUUUUGCACAGGCCCACUGGCAUGGCUAGGCACUGAAUAAAUUACUGGUUUAACAGCCAUUUAGUAUUUACCUAGAUGAUGGCCAUUAGCAGAAGUUUUAGUGUGAAAUACUAAAGCACCAGCCUCAGAUUUGGUGACUAUCUAGGGCAAGAUAGAAGAAUUAGAUACAUACACAUAGAAGUCCCUCUUUUGCCUUCCCUGUCAGUUACCUUCUCCCUACAGCUGGGUUGAAUAAGCAUUAUGUUACAGCUCCUUCAAACACUUCAGUAAGAGAAGAUUGUUGGUCUUACCGGGAAACAGUGGAUAAGAAAUGGGUUGUCUGCUGUGUCUUGCAACAGUACAUAGUAUGCCCUCAGAGAUAACAAGAUUUUAUCAGUGAUGCUGCUUGAUUCUUCAAGUCGGCCUUGUCUCUCUAUGAAAUGGUGGCUUUCGGGCAUAAGACAGUCAGCAGUGAGACAUUUGAUAAGCCAUAUUGCUUACUCAAAGAGGUUGCCAAAAUCUCACGAUGGCAUGCUAGCCAUCUGUGCGCACUGCAUCCAUCCACAGCAAGUGCGCAGUGCUCAGCACCGUGCAGCUGAUGGCAGUGGAAAUCCUAACGUUGGAAACUCCAACAGCCAGCUGGCUCAAGUUUAUCUUCUGCACAAGUGUAAGCCGCAUUUUCUCCCAAAGCGCAGUCAUGUGCAAAAUGCCAAUUUGAAAGUUCUCUUCCAUUAUUUGCAUGUACUUAAGGUUCUCAGAACAAACAAACAAACAACAAAUGAAUAAAUAAAACAAAAACAAACAAACAGAAAGAAGACAAAAUCACCGUGGAGAAAAUGUAUUUUCCCUGUUAUUGUUUCCAAAAAAUGGCUAACACACUUAACUGAAACAGAAAAGUUUCAUAAUAAAUGCUUACAUUUGGCAAAAUUACAGAGAAUUUUAAACAGCAUCAUAGCUAUUUUAGAAGCUUCUUUGUAACAGGAUCCCAUCACAGGCAUUAGGAAAGUGUGUUAUUUGCAUUGUUUUCCUAUUUCAGGUGCAUUCUUUUAACUAACAAAAGAAAACGCAGGCAUUUUUUGAGUAAUCCCUUUGGACACCAGCAUUCGAUUUCUAUUUUAAAUUAUAUUGCAGGCCUUUAAAUGUUUGGAGAGUAUUAAAAGCAUGGAGAGUCUACAUCUGCGAGUUACAUUAGUAUAAACAAGACGAUAACGUAGCUGAAAAUUCUGGAUAAACUCCACUGUCUCCAGGUUUGCACUGUGCAUGGACCCACAGACUCCUUCUGUGGAGAUAUUCAAGACUCACCUGGAUGUUUUUCUGUGCAACCUGCUGUAGUGAACCUGCUUUAGCAGAGGGGUUGGAUUCGAUGAUCUCCAGAGGUCCCUUCCAACCCCUGUGAUUCCGCCGUUCUGUGCGAUUUUCAAGGAAUGAAACAGAGCAGACAGUUCACUUGCAUAAGUGUGCAAAAGGAAGUUCUUAAUGUAAACCUUAUGCUUCUAAGAAGUUAUAUCUAAGACCUGUGUGGAUGACUGAAGUAGAUAUUUGCCAAUUAGAUGUCAAAAUUACUCAAUUUAUGUUCAUUUUCAAGAAGUCUGGAGUCUGACAAGUUUUAGGUAUCUUACUGAGGAGCUCUCAGCAUCUGCACAUCGUAGAGAUCAUUUAAUAUUUUAAAAUGUUCAAUCUGUGGAGAGAAAUAAAGUUAGCAGAUUUCAGGAUAAAGAUUUAGUAAAGGCUUACUAGCUUGUUACUUAUAGUUUUGAUCUGAUUCUUAUCUACGCUAGCUUAUUUUAAUGUCAUAGCAUUGAAGACACCUGGUUAGGGACCAGGUACCCACAAUGAGCUUACAGCCAGAGGCAACAGGUGGAUAGGGAUCCUAAGGAGCAAUGGUACAAUUUAGGAUUUCAACAAACCUACCGCCCAUUCACUUUGGAGGGUGUUUCUGUUUCUUUGUUUUUGAUUUAUUGGUAAGCCAUAGGUACUUUAGGAGCAGGGAAAAGAAAAAGCAAAGAAAAAUAAGGGUUUGUUUCAAAUAAUUAGGAGUACUCAUUUUUAAACUAUAAUAUAUUGUUCAAGGGUAUUCUGUUAUCAGUUUGAUAGUGCACAGCUGUCUUAAAAAAACAAACAAACAUUGCAUUGUACCUUAUAUAAAUUUCAGAAAUCCACUUUUAUUUUAAACACAAAUUGACUGUCAAUAGAUGGGAAUGUUCUCCACUUACAGAAAUUGAAUCUUUGUUGGCUUUUAAAGAAGUGUUCUUCUUUUGUCAUUUCCAUGUGCCUUUGUGCUUUGGUUCUAGCCAGCUGCUAGAAAGCUGAAGUGUUGCCAAAGAGCAUAUUUUAGCUUUAUUUCUGGCCUGCACAGAUUUAGGAAAUACCAGCAGUUGCACUAAGUCCGUUCUCAUGAGAGAGCUAGCACAAGUUUGCAAAUCAAAGAGCUUAUAAUAAGCAUCCAAACAUUUGUUUGUUUAUUCAAACUGCUAAAGCUUUGGAGAUUUAUUCAUCACAGGAGCUGGGUCACACACUCGUGAAUUGAAAUUUCCUCCUUAUUUCUAAUGGGAAGCCUGGACAACCCGCGCAUCGUAUCAGACAAAGAAAUUGGAGAUUGCACUGUAGCUGCUUCUACUGUGUCUAAAGAGGAACAAUUUCAGCUCUGUCUCUCCUUAAAAGCGACCACGUUACUUAGUAGAAAAUCCACAUCUGCCUUUAACAAAUGCAUUUGCAGCUGUUGGGUUAUUACUUAAGGAUAAGUUCUUAUAAAUAAUGGACCUUCACUGAAAACCCUGACCCCUUAGUAAGUGUCAAAAUGUAAGGUUUAGUACAGCAUCUGGUACUUGCUUAUAUCUCAAGUGCUUUCUUGAUAAUAAGUUGCAUAUAUAUUUUUUUAAUCUAGGGUUAAUGAGCUCUGCUAUCCUCUCACUAGAGAUUUAAAUUAUAUGUGGGUUUGAUCUGAGAGUAUUGAUCGUAUGUACUAUGGAAUUUUUUAAUUUAAUGUAAUGCCAUUUCUUCACGUUUUGAUUUGUAAAAUAUAGAAUAUAAUUGCAAGGUAUAAACUUUCACUAAAUUAUAUUACAGAGGUGCUUUAAGAAAAAUAUGUAAAUUAUUUAAUUUAAAUACUUGUUUCAUACUUUAUCUUGUGAAGCCUUUUGUACAGCGAGGAAAGAUUUACUUUUAUGGGUAAGGGUGGUGGGCCUUAAGUCAAAGACAAGCAUUUAUUUAUUCCUGCCUGGGCUUUUAUUCCUGUCACAAAUUCUGCAGCUUGUCACCGUUUGGCAUUGACAACUGGCACCGCAUUUAAAGCUGUACUUUCGCAUAGAACAUAGACUGCCUUGAAGUGAGUCUUUGGUUAGGAUGAAAGCUAACCUACGGAUGCUUCUUUUCUGAAUUUCUUAGGCAGCGAUGGAAGAGAACUUUAAGAGGUACCAUCAGAUGUGUCACUUUACGCUGUAAAUAUGUCAUAUAAAUGCAUUGUUAACUAAACCCAUCCUAGGGCAAGGGCAUUCCUCUUCUGUUUUCCCCAGUGUGCUUACAGCUUUGUUACUCCUUCAGCUUCUGAAGCCUUUUCCCCCCCUUAAUCUUCUUGACUGAUUGCAUCAGUGUUGUCAGAUUCCACUGAAACCUUGUUUCAAAACCCAAGUUCUACUGCAAGGACCUCAAUUUCAGCUGAGCUGCCUCUGCCCAGGGGUAGGCUACAGGCACAAAAGAGAUUAAUCUCCAUACAGGCUGGGCCUUAAGAAUGGACUGGACUGCAAGAGCAGACAUAAGGUACUUAAAAGCCAUUUUAAGUAUUUUGGUAUGUUUUCUCAGGUUGGAUAUGCAUGAGCAGUAAUUGCUACUAUGGAAAAGAAAAAAAAGAAAAAAAAAACAAGAAAAGCAGCACGACCAAUGCAAAAAGUUUUAAGGCAUUCUUCACCCCUGAAAGGAAAAAAAAAACAAAACGGUGGUGAUAAAUAUUAGCCAACCAAAAUACUGGCACACUCUCCUCCUACUGCGUAGGAGUACAGCAUAAACAUUCAAAAUCUCUUCUGUGAUGUGUAAUGGGAAUCGUUAAGAUUAGCAAAACUGCUGGGCGAUUCACGUGCGAGUUGCCACACAUAGAGCCAUCCACAUCCAGGCUUCGCUACCUCAGGCACACCUGCGUGCUACAGGAAAGUUUUGCUGCCCGGUGUAGGAACUGCCUUCACGGAGACGCAGUGCUCUUUGGAGCUGCUGGGGAUGAGCAGGCGCUCGCCACCAGAUCCGCUCAGCAGCUGUGCUGUUCUGUCGGCUGACAGUCACACAGAGGACGGGAAGAGGCCUCUUCAACGAAAUCCCUCAUCCCGCUCCCUGCAGGGACAGCUCCCGCGGGCGGCUGGCAGUGGGAGGCCGUGGCUCCCUCUCAGUGGCCACAAAUAUUUUCCUCCGGUUUCAGAAGCAGAACAUUUACGGCUUCCUUAGUAACAACAAAGCUAAUCUAACUUCGAAUAGUGCAGAUUUUAAGGAGAACACCCCUGAUGCUGUUUGACACUAUCUGUGGUGUCAGCUUCUCAGAUGAGCCGCAUUUCAUAUUGCUCCUGAUAUUUCACAACUAUACAAUCACUCUGAUUUUCCUUAGGAAUGUAACGAUUUAAUUACACCACGAUGUUAAAACCCUUUGCGGUGUCUUAAAUUGUCUGUUAUCUGAUACGACUGAAAAAAGCACAUUUUUGUUAGCGUUGCCAAAUCCUAAUCAGUAGAGCUAACAAGUGUUUAAUUGUAUCAAGAUAAUGAUAUUAAAGAAGAAGAAAAAAAAAAAAAGACAAAUCAUUGUUUCCAGACACCUUUUGUUUUAUUAUUAUUAUUUCUAGAGGAGUUUUGGGGUGUGUUUUAUUGCAAAGAGCUGACAUUUCUCGAAGGGAGUAGUCAAACCUGAUUCCCAUGGAAUGUGUUUCCCAGUGAAAUCCCACUCAGAGCUGCCAGGUUCCUGAGGGUCUUUCUGUCAGAUCGGACGCAGGUGGGAUUUCCAGGAAAGAAUGGCAGCCCUGGGCUCACAGGGACUUAUAGGAAAGGCAAAGUCACUUACACAAGCGUGAGUGUAAAAAUCCCAUGUGGUGUAACGUGAUGAUGGCUUCUCAGAUGUUACCGGCCUACCGAGAUAGAAUGAAAAAACUUGGAACUUUUUUACAUUGUUUUUUUGUUUCCUUCUCCUUUAAAAAAAAUAAAUGGUUGGAUUCACUGCUUGUAUAGAGACUGGUAGAAACCUCUGUGCUUUAAAAAGAAAAAAAAAAAAGUUAUCCUGCAAGAUUGAAUGUAAACACAAUUAAUUUGCAAUAUGUUUUUUGCCUUAAUGGUUUAAAAAAAAAAAAUAAAGUAUUUUUAAAAUGAA